GAUCAUGAAUUUUGGAAAAUUUCGAAAGUUGGCCGAUGUCGUUUUGGUGAAAAUCGCAAGAUGUUUUGAUCCUACGGCAGUUUCAUGGGUUGGUAACUGCAGAACCGGUCAUUUCUCGUCGUUGUCGGUCGUCUUAAUAUUGAUCAGUGAAUCAUAUUUUCCUUUGAGUAAUAUGUAAAGAAAAUUAUACUUUUUUAGACCUUUAGCCAAUAUCGACAUACCGAUCAUGAGUAAUCCUUAAGAAGUCACAACAAAUAAGUACAGAAAAUAAGUUAUCAUAUUGAGUAGGUAUAGUGUUGUGCUAAAACCAAUUUCUGAGCAAAUCAGUCUAGUACAGAAUUAAGUUACAAUUGUAUACUCAUCACACACCCUAACAAGCAAAUUGCUGACAGAAUGAGCACACUCCACGACGGUAAUAACUCAGAUGUUUAAUCAGCAACUCAAUUUGACAAAAGACGACAGCUUUUCACCAUCCGUACAUAUCAAGACAUCUCCUGCCAUCAAAUAAUACGCGAACAACAAAUUACACCACAAUCAAUUGGAGAAACUGUCACCAAACCAUUAACGGAAGAAGCCACGCGAAAACGACCAAGUUUUUCAUUUCGAACACAUUUUGUUCAUAUCGGAAUUGAAACCAAAGGAAGCUUGUAGGCCCGUCCGACCGUGAACCAACUGGAAAAACGCAAGUUUAUACUUACACAUGUAUAAAUAUAACGUCUACCAGCGACAGUAAUUCAGUUUUGCGCGAUCGCUUGAUGCAAAAUGGUGGACAGGGCGAGGAUCUGAAGAAAGUGAAGUGUUGUGUAAUAAGUGACAUUAAAUAACCAUCAAUAUGUUUUACCAAACUUUAGUGCUCUGUUGUGUGGUGUUGGCGUCAGCCACUGAGUACCAGGACGCUUUGAAGAAACUUUGGAACAAGGACAGUGAUUCGGUGAUCGAUGUAACCAGUGCAUCUAUAGUCAUCAAGCCUUCGAGUUUCCAGACGAGAGAGUCCCGUGUCCCAUAUAUGUACAAACGGUACGCCUUUAAGCCUCGCGCCAUCCCUCUGAAGCCGGAAGAGCCCCAAGUGGAAAGGAAUGUAUAUUAUGCUGAUGUGAAAAACAGUUCCAAUGUGCUUUUCCCUGGUAAUUAUAUCCCAAUUGCCAAAGAGAAAAGUAAUCUGACGGACAAUGAUAAACAGUUUCAAAUUAAGACAAUACCCUUGAUUAGGAAUGCUGAGUUCGAGAGAAGGUCUUUGAAUGUUGAGGAACCUAUUAUUGAGAAGCCUGAGGGAUUCUCGGAGCCUAGUGCGUCAAGGAGGUCGAUUUCUUAUUUAAUGGGCGACGACGACGAGGACGAAGAGGACGAAUUUGAGGAUGAUGGAGAGUUUGAAGAAGAAGACGUCGGCAGCAUCAAAGGUCAGGAGGAAGUACGGAAUAAGAACAAGAAAAAGAAGCUCAAACCAAAGAAACUAAAGAAAUACAUGUUGCCGUUACUACUGGCUUACAAGAUGAAGUACUUUGCUCUGGUUCCAGUCAUGAUCGCAGGGUUAAUACUCCUGAUCGGAGCAACCGGCCUCGCAGGAUUCUUCUUUGCAUUAUUCGCAGCGGUCAUGGGACUACAAAAGGGAGGGUACUAAACGACAAACGAAACCGACUUCAAAUAUUUGGAAUGAAAGCGACUGUGGAAGCAGACACGAAUAGAGAAUCGACAAGCAAAAUCAAAAUAGAACAGAUAUUUAUUUUGGAUUGGGAUUUGAUAUGGAUGGAAUAUAACCAAUUUUGAAGUCGGUAGGAAAUUAAAGUAUAAAAUAAAGUCGACGACUCGCAGUUGCCAUUCAGUCUAAGUAAGCGUCCAUUCGGAAUCUGUCAGUCUGACAUCAAAGAUAUGGAAAUCCACCGAUUGUUGAUUGGCUGAUUUUACUGUUCCAUUUUUUUUCUGUUUUUCGUACAAAACUUGGGCUAUCUGUAUUUAAUGAACAAUCAACGCUAUUUUUAAGCUCGCGCAAAUGUAAAUAUAAUUAAGUACUAGAAUUUAAG